GCCCUGGGCAGCCCGGGGCGGGCACGCAGGCGGCCGCGCAGCCCCGGCGCUGUGGCGGGGCGGAGAAGCGGCUCGUCGUCCCCGGCCGCCACCGACGCAGCGGACACGACGGCAGCGGAGCCAUGGCCCGGCCGGCCGCAGCCCUGCUGCUGCUCCUCUGCCUGGCCGCGGGGCUGGACGCCAACCCGCAGCUCUCGGGCUACCUGCGCAAGGUGCUGAGGAACCACACGGCCCACAGCUGCGACGGGGAGCAGCUCCUCAUUAUCUGCCCUCACAAGACCACCAUCAGCAUCCUCGGUGCCUUCUACGGGCGCCGCGUGCCCAGCGCCCAGCUCUGCACCAGCCCCGGCGAUGCGUCCCAGGAGAGCACCGACUGCACGUCUGGCACCGCGCACCUGAAGCUGCUGUCCGAGUGCCAGGACCAGCAGUGGUGCCAGUUCUCGGUGCACAGCCAGGUCUUCGGGCCGGACCCGUGCCCUGGGACGCACAAGUACCUCAUCGCUUCCUACAAGUGCCGGCCAGGGAACCAUCGGGUCAAGACUGUGUGUGAAAACGACAAGCUGAGGUUGCAGUGCCGGCCAAAAUCCAUCCUGGCCAUAUACUCUGCAAAUUACGGGCGGUUCCUGCGGGGCAAACCGGAGUGUGACGCCCCGAACGCUGGGGGACCCCACAUAGAGUGCCUGGCUCCAGACGCCCUGCGCAGGGUCUCCAAGAAGUGCCACCGCAAGGGGAACUGCACCGUGGCUGCUGACAGAGCCACCUUCGGGGACCCCUGUCUCCCUGGCACCAAGAAGCAGCUGCGAGUCUCCUACACGUGUGUGCCCAAGCAGCUGCUGGAGGAGGUGGGCCCUGACACCUCAGACCCCUUCCUGCUGUCAGACUACAUGCACGCCCACGUCCCCUUGUUCACUGCAGGUGGCUGGUACAAAGGGCCCAGGUUCUCCAGGCUCCGGGAAGACCGGAUGAUUUUUACUAGCUCUCUGGCAGCUUUUGCCCACCUUUGGGGUGUCCCUGAGAAAGUCGGCCUCUACUUUCUUUGCGGGGUCUCGGGAGGCCUCCUGCUCCUGCUGUGCAUCAUCAGCCCCAAAAUGACCUUCCUCCAAGAGGUGGGGGAGGCUCUCAAAGACCCAGAGCUGGGCAGCAGCUCCGAGCUGAGCAGAACCAAGCUGCAGGACGAGCAGGAUGAGGAUCUCCCCGACGACAGCUCCUCGGACUCAUCCUUCCGCCGCCUCACCCGCACGUACCGAGCCACCGACAGCAUCUUCAGCCCCGAGCUGACGGCGGCCAUGGAGGGAGCAGCGGAGCACCAGGGCCGUGGCGGGGACGAGAUCUGGAUGCCCAAGGAGUCGAGCCCCUAUGCCAUCCACAAAAUCAAAUCUGCCACCAAAUAGAGCUGGAGAGCGGCGUGGGACAGAGGCACAGCGGGAUGCAGCACAGCUGGGCUCCUGGGGCUGAGCAGCGACAGGGCCACGGCAGCCCCCGUGUGGCCAUCAGCCUCCAGCCUGGGGCUCCCUGGGUGUGAGGAGGAGCUGUGGGAUGGCUGGUGGGGCUGCUGGCUCCUUUGCCACGAGCACAUGCUAACCCUAAGCUAACCCCCCCUUGCUGGCUCACUGCUUAACCCUGCUCAGCCCACCCUCAGCUCCUGCUUCUUCUCGGGUGCUGGCUCCUGCUCUUGGUGCUGCUCACACCUGCAGCGCCUGGAGACAAAGCAAGGGCCAGGAUGGGGUGCAGGAGGAGCCCUGAGCACCAUCAGGAUGAGUACCAUCAGGAUCCCCAGGCCAGCUGCACCCCGGGGCUGGGGCAGACGGUGUCUGGGGGGGGGUUCGGGAGCUCUGUCACCCCGUGUUGCCCUUUGCUUUCCCUCACGCUUCCCUCGAUGGCAGGAGAGCCCCUGAGGUUAACUUGUUGGGGCUUUCUUCCAGUUAAUAAAUGCUCAUAAUGUCCCUCCUUGA